ACGAGACAGUCGCCCGUGGACGCGAGAGUAGUAAAUCCGUUCAUUCACAGCAAAGGGAAGAGUGGCUGUGAUGGAAAUCUGACUGAACGGGCUAUUAAAGAACGGAUACUUCUCUUUUUUCUUCCCAUACGAAAAGGAAAGCAUGUUUUGCCCGUGACAUGAACGUUGGAGGAAAUAAGCGCGUCUGGGACGGACUGUGAGCAUCGCAUCUUUAUCUGUCCGUUACGUUGACUCUUUAUCUUCUCGCAUCAGCGCUCGAUAAACAUGGAUUAUUUGUGAUGCUCAGAAGGAAAGGCACAGUUUUGGGUUUAGUUUGUGAAGUUCUUCAACGUGUCCGAAUGUUUAAACUCACUUCACGCGGAUUGUAGCGCUUUUUAGGGGGUUUUAAGGGACUGUUUGUCCGGGUAAAGGCGACUGAGGUGGACUUUAAAUCCGAGGGUGAUGGAGUUUCGCAGGACUUUGGAUGCGCUGGUCGUUGUUUUAGCCCUCAUAUGCUUGUCACAAGGAUCCCGACCCAGGUUGGAAGAUGCCGCACCUCGGAUUGUUGAACACCCAUCAGACCUCAUUGUUUCCAAAGGUGAGCCUGCAACUUUGAACUGUAAGGCCGAAGGAAGACCGACCCCCAUGGUGGAGUGGUACAAAGAUGGCGAGCGAGUGGAAACCGACCGGGAGGAUCCACGGUCUCACCGCAUGCUCCUCCCCAGCGGCUCCCUCUUCUUCCUCCGAAUUGUUCACGGAAGGCGCAGCAAGCCCGAUGAAGGCGUGUAUGUGUGCGUAGCGAGGAAUUACUUGGGCGAGGCCGUCAGUCGUAAUGCCUCUUUGGAGGUCGCAAUUCUCCGGGAUGAUUUCCGACAGACCCCCAGUGAUGUGGUAGUGGCGGCAGGAGAGCCGGCAGUGAUGGAGUGCAUCCCUCCACGAGGACACCCAGAACCCACCAUCUCCUGGAAGAGGAACAAUGUGAAAGUCAAUGACAAGGACGAGAGGAUAACGAUCCGUGGAGGGAAGCUGAUGAUCUCUAACACUCGCAAAAGCGAUGCAGGGAUGUAUGUGUGUGUCGGCACCAAUAUGGUUGGAGAGAAGGACAGUGAUCCUGCUGAGCUUGUAGUGUUUGAGCGGCCCAUGUUUGUGCGCAGACCUGUGAAUCAGGUGGUUCUUGCUGACGAUACAGUGGAUUUCCAGUGUGAGGUUCAGGGAGACCCAGCUCCUACCAUACGCUGGAAGAAAGAGGAAGGAGAACUGCCUCGGGGAAGGUUUGAGAUCCGUGCCGACAACAGCCUGCGUCUGACUCAGGUGAAGGCUGAAGAUGAAGGCUCCUACACCUGUUUAUCAGAGAACAGCGUGGGCAAAGCUGAAGCAUCCGGAUCGCUUCAGGUCCACGUUCCUCCUCAAAUUGUGGUGCGUCCGCGGGAUCAGAUCUCUGCCCAGGGCCGCACUGUCACCUUUCUCUGCGGAACGAAGGGAAAUCCCCCUCCUGCUGUUUUCUGGCAGAAAGAAGGCAGUCAGGUCCUGCUGUUUCCCAGUCAGCCGCCCUCACAGUCAGGCCGUUUUUCCGUGUCUCUGAGCGGAGAGCUUACCAUCACAGAUGUGCACAGCAAGGAUUCUGGCUACUACAUCUGCCAGGCUAUCAGUGUGGCGGGCAGCAUCUUGACCAAAGCACUGCUGGAGGUGGAAAGCACUCCAUCCGACCGGAUCCCUCCCAUCAUCCGCCAAGGCCCGGCCAACCAGACGCUAGCUCCGGGCACCACGGCCCAAUUGCAGUGCCACGUGAUGGGCAACCCUCUUCCGAGCAUCCAAUGGGAGCGCGACGGACAACGAAUCCUGGGCAUCGAUGAGCGCAUUAGCCUAAUGGAAAAUGGCACUUUACAAAUCACAGCCCUGCAGGAGACGGACUCCGGGGCCUACACCUGUGUUGCCUCCAGUCUGAGUGGAGAGACGAGCUGGAGUGGUGUGCUCACAGUAAAAGAGAGUGGCGGUCUAUCAGCAUCUCCAGUAUCAGAGCCCUAUCAGCUGCCCGGUCCUCCUCAGAAACCCGUCGUAACUGAUGUAACCCGUAACAGCGUCACCCUCACCUGGCAACCCAAUGCACACGAAGGCGGCGCGGCCGUCACCUCUUACAUCAUCGAGGCCUUCAGUCAAUCGGCGGGCAGUACGUGGCAGACGGUUGCAGAUUUUGUGAAGCUGGAAAAGCACACUGUCACCGGAUUGUCUCCGAACACCAUUUACCUGUUUAUUGUGCGAGCGGUCAAUGCGUAUGGCCUGAGUGACCCGAGCCCCAUUUCAGAGCCUGUACGAACACAAGAUGUGAGUCCCACAGGUCAGGGUGUUGACCAUCGUCAGGUGCAGAGGGAGCUGGGAGAAAUGUCUGUGCAGCUUCACGAACCUGUGCUGUUGACAGCCUCCAGUGUGAAGAUCAGCUGGAACGUGGACCGUCAGUCGCAGUACAUCCAGGGUUAUCGGCUGCUUUAUCGGCCUGUCGGCGGCUCCUGGUCUCAGCAGGAAGUGAAGGCUGCAACAGAGCGUAGCGCCGUCAUCGCUAACCUGCUCAAAGGAACCGAGUACGAGAUUAAAAUACGACCCUACUUUAACGAGUUUCAGGGCCUGGACAGCCGUUCGCAGACGCUCCGCACGCCAGACGAGGUGCCGAGUGCUCCUCCUCGAGCUGUGAAUGUGGCCACAGUGAAGCUCAGCAACAGCUCCAGCAUCAGUGUUUCAUGGCAGCCUCCUCCCAUCGACAUGCAGAACGGAGUCAUUCAGGAGUACAAGGUCUGGUGUCUGGGUAAUGACUCUCAGACACGCUACAACAUCAAUCAGACGGUGGACGGCAGUGUGCUGAGCACUUUACUGAAGGGUCUCCUGCCCGGCAUCCUGUACCAAGUGGAGGUGGCAGCAGUGACCAGUGCAGGAGUGGGCAUACACAGCCAGCCAGUAUCUGUUCUUAUCAAACUGCCGGCAGAGCAGCCCACAGUCACAGGUGGAGGCAGUGAAUCUGAGGAGAAUGUAAGUCUGGCGGAGCAGAUCACAGACGUGGUGAAGCAGCCUGCCUUCAUCGCAGGCAUUGGCGGAGCAUGCUGGGUAAUCCUGAUGGGAUUCAGCGUGUGGAUCUACUGCAGACGCAAGAAGAGAAAAGAGCUCAGCCAUUACACUGCGUCAUUUGCAUACACACCAGCAGUUGGUUUUCCACAUGGUGAAAGUUCUGGUCUCAACGGAAGGCCUGGUAUGCUGGGUGCUAACAUGGGAAAUUAUCCAUGGCUGGCUGAUUCUUGGCCAACUACCAACCUUGUGCACAACGGGAAAGACUCAGUAAACUGCUGUACGUCUAAACAUGAAACACCGGAGAGAUACUAUAACGAGGCGGGAAUCUCUAAUUACCUCAACCAAAAUGAGAAGUACAGCGCAGACUCCAACGAGGGGCCGAUCUACAGCACCAUCGACCCCACCAGCGAAGACCUGCGCAGUUUUACCGCUCAGUAUUCUCAGCACACCACACCCUACGCCAGCACUCCCAUUAUGCCUUUCACCAACCAGGCGCCCUGCAGCCCUGAGCAAGAUGGCAGCCACUGGAUGACGCAGCCGGGAACCUCCAAUGCUCAGUAUGCCCAGCCAGACCGAUCCAAGACUGAGAACGUAAAACAACCGAAGCAGAAGUUGAUGGGGAAGCCGGUGAAAACACCAUCUCUCAACUGGAUGGAUGCGCAGCCGCCUCCACCCAUCUCUGGAGAUCUGGAGCAGUGUGAUGAGGAGGACGAUAACGAACUAAUACAAGACAUGGGGUCUGAUGAGGAAGAGUGGUGUCCUCCUCUCCCCGAGCGGUCUUACCUCAUAGACGGCAUGGUGGAGGAUGGUCCUGUUCCACCUCCAAGAGGAGAAGCUUCUUCACCCACCACAUCCUACAGCCACCAGUCCACCGCCACUUUAACCCCUUCUCCCAGAGACGACGGACACUUCCACGAUAUACCACGCUUACACCAGCUCGAACAACCACACAUGACACGCCGGUUGCCGUGUGGACCAGUGCCUGUGCCGCGAGCACCAAGCCCACCUCUAACCCAAUCCAACCCAAACCUGUCAGCCAAUCAGGAGUGUCCUGACAACACUGUGCCACACCGUUCAGCUCAUAAACGAGACCUGAGCCAAGGAGCUGCCCAAAGUGUAGAGAACAUCAACAACACCACACCAGGUCGAGCGAGGCCCUCCACAGACCACACACCGCCUGGGCAGAAAUCCAAGGUGAAGAAGAAAGCCUCCAAGAGCGCUCAAUACCGGAGAGAUAUACUGCAGGGCGAUCUGCCUCCUCCACCAGAGCCUCCACCCGAAGACCAGGACCACUGCGCGCAUGUAGGGGGCUUCGAGUGCGGGCAGACGUCCCUCGAGAGAGCCGGCAGCUCUAAUUCGUCCAUGGAGAGGAGAGAACAGAGCACACCCAACCGGAAGAACUCGGCCCAUAGACGGAUAGAUGAAGAAGAUGAUUUAAUUCCUUACAACAAGCCCAACUUCCUGUCCCGAGGUCAGAUAUCCAGCAAUUGCUCCACAACAGGAAGUUCAUCAUCACGAGGGUCAACGGGAUCGCGAGGGCAUGGAACGGGCAGGAAGAGAAAUGAUGAGAUGAGAUAAGGAAAGGCUGUGAGACGCUGGAAGAUUGACUCAGACAUCCCUCCGUUUUCGUUCAGAAACCGAAGAGAAGAACCGAAGAGAAGUGAACGAGUGUACAGAUUUGAGAGUGCGAGUCUGGAACUUUUUGAUUACGUUAUUAAUUAUUGUUAUUAUUGUUAUUUAUGACCUUCAUGGGGGCAUUUUUUCCAUCGCGCCGUCACUGUAAAUAAUCAUCCGUUGAAGCUUUUUACAUGGGCUCCAGAUGCCAGGAAAGAAGAGUAUAUUGUAUUUAUACAUGAAAGAAGAAAUGAAAUCAUGUUAAAAGCGCCGAUAUUAUAGAUAAGUUAACGUCUGAAUGUGCCAACCUCUUGUAGAAAUGUAUACAGCAGCAUUUCAAAGCAUAAUAAUAUUGCACUCGCGUUGUGUUGGAGAACAACAACUUUAAAAAAAACAACAAAAAAAACAAAGCACAAUAUGUGUUGUUUGACCAGCCAGCUAGACAGCCAGUCUCAUGACCUAACCGAGCCGAGGACACUUCUGUCUGUCCGUCCCGUCUCCGUCUGUGGAUCCCCCGUCACAAAAGAAUGUGCUCCCUUUUCCCCCCUUUCUUUUUCCAAGCCAAGAGAGUUUGACGACUGUUGUGAACGAUUGUACUUGUCUUUUUUUAAGGAGUGUUUUUGGAGAUCGUGAGGAAAUGUAUUUCAUUCAAAAAAACCAAAAUUAUGUUUCUUUGACUAACUUUUUGGUAGUCCUUGUUGUUUUGUAUAAAUAAAAUAAAAUACAUUUG